CUAUUGUGUUUUGGCUUUUAUGUGUAUCAGUAUCAGUGACGUCUAGUCUGCAGCAAGACAGUUUCCUCGACGACAGUUUUCUCAUAUUUUGUGAUUUUGAUUUUACUGAGUGACAAGAAGUCAUCAUGUAUGGGCAUGGAUGCGGUGGAGCGGCGCAAAGACAUGCUAGGCGCGAAGCCCAUGCUGAAAUGCGUGAAGCCCACCUACAGACUAAAGCUGUACAUGCUGCCAUGCACGGAAACGUCGCCCGUGCCAGUGUGCUCCAGAUGAAAGCUAACAUGGCCCAUCAAACUGCCGAGCGUGAACACCAUAUGGCCAACACCUUCGGUCAUCAUCAUCAUCAUCAUCAUCGUCACAGCCCUGUUCCUUCCUGUAGCCCUUGCGUUCCCUCACCUUUCUUGCCAGGCCUAGGUUCUACAGUGGUGGUCCAUCACGUGAAUCCCACUCCUCCUGUGAACUACCCGCUUGGCACUGUUGCCCCACCGCCAGCUCAGCCACCACCAGCUUAUCAACCUGCUGGCAACCCAUACACAGCUGCUCCUACCUACCCAGCUGCUCCUGCAUACCCAGCUACUCCUGCAUACCCAGCAGCACCCAGUUACCCAGCAGCACCCAGUUACCCAGCAGCACCCACCGGGUACGCAGCUCCACCCAGUUACCCAGCACAGCCAGCAUACCCAGCUCAGCCAGCAUACCCAGCUCAGCCAGCUUACCCAGCUACGCCGGCUGCCCCUGCUUACCCAGGACCCGCUGCAUACCCAAACCCCUACCAGUAAAGUUAGUAGCCCAGUACCAGUGAGUAGAUUACACAGGGUAUCCAGCUCCACCCAGUAACACAACUCGGCCUGUAUACCCUGCUGUGCCGGCUGCCUGCAUACCCAGGACCCACUGUGUACCCAAACCCCUACAUAGUAGCCCAGUGCCAGCGAUGAAAUGUCAUUUACCCACUCAUGCAGUGGCACCCACUUGGUACCCAGAUUCACCCAGUAACACAGCUCAGCCCUUGUUACCUUGCUGUGCCGGCUGCCUGUAUACCCAAGCCUGUUCAUGAAGUAGCCCAAUGCAUUCAGUUACAUUCACCCACUUUAUACCCAGUGGCACCCAUCAGGUACCUAGUAAUCCAGUAACCCAGCACAGCCACCAUACUCGGCUGUGUUGGGUUACCCAGCAGCACCCACUACAUACCUAAACUUGUACAUGUAAGCACCAACAAGAUCCUAUACCACCUUUAAAGACUGGCAUUCCAGAGUCACUUGGAAAGAAACUGUUCUGAAGAAUUGGAUUAAGUACUUGAAUAAUUUGACUUGGAAAAAGUUCGCAGAGACCAGGUUGAAAGAUCAAUUGUUGCAGUCAAUUUUGGAUGACCAUUUUGGUCACUAACUGAGAAUGAUCCCAAUUCUGCUCCCAUUUUGAUUUUCUUUCCGUUAAGAAAAAAAAUGCUGAAAUACUUGUUCCAAUCCCCACCCCACCCCUUGCAUUUCAAGGAAAUGGAUUAUAUGUGUAGCUUGGUACAUUUUGCAUGGUUUUUGUAAAUGUGGUUUUAUUUCGUUAUUAUUCUACUUAUUCACUUAUAUUAUUCACUUAUAUGUGAAUCUUUUGUAGGUAAAAAAUUCAAUUCUUCUUUUCUUGUAAUAAACUGUCGUGAAAAACCGAAAUGUAUUUAAUUGAAGCUUUUUUCCUUUUUUUGAAAGUUCAAGUGACUUGCGAAGUCGUGUACUUAACAAUUAUACAGAAGCCAUAGAAAGUGCAUUGCAACAAUCUGCCUCAAUGUUUGGACACAAAAGAUACAAGCAUUGAAGCAUGCACCAUCUUGUCCUGUGUUGCAUUGAAAGAUCAGACACCAUCUUGUGUGCAUACCCCCCCCCCCCCCCCCUUCGCUUGUCACAACUUUACAAGAGUGACUUGGGUGCAGGAAUAUUUUGAGAUAGUUUCAAGGAAAUGUUUCAUAUGGGUAGCUCGGUAAAUUUUUGUGAAAAAAAAAAAUCAGUGAAUCAAUCCCUAAUGACUUUAUGUCCUAAAAUUAAAUAAUUAAAAGCAAAUAAAAUAAUUAGUAGAGUACAUCAUGUUAUCAGUAUUUUGCUUAUAUGUUUAAAUAACCACUAGUACAAGUAUUCUUUAUUUUAUGUUAUAUUGGCAAAGUGAAAAAUUAACUGAAAUAAAGAUCCAAUAUUACUUCAAACA